GCUUUUACUGUAACACGUUUCACUGAUUCAUCAUUUGUUUUGAAACACAGUGGUGAAUCAUCGUGUUUCUAAAAAAUAAAGUUGAAAUAAAACAGAAAGUUUAAAAGGAUUUUAUGAUAACGUUCUAGCUAAGUAACAAUUGCUAUCAAAAUUAAAUGUUUAAACACGUAUAAUGUAUUUUUUAACCACAGACUAUGGUACAGUAAACAGUGCUAAUUUAGUAUUGGAAGAUAUUCUAUCUUCUUUCCAUAUACUUUAGAAACUGUUUCAUUAUCUAAAUUCGAUAUAUCUUAUAUAAAUCAGUAAUUAUCUGAUUUAUUGAAACAAUUUUAUUGUCAAAACUAAUUUGAGGUUAAAUCCAAGAUAAGAAAAAAUGACAGUUAAUCUGUCAACAGUGCCACUUGUUGCUUUAUCCGGCGAAACUAAGCAGAUUAUUUCAACAUUGUUAAAUCCACCAAAAAUUAUUCCAUCUGAAAAUGGAUUACCAAGAAUUUGUGAAUGUUUAGAGAUUGGAGAGGUCUUGCACAUUUAUCCAACUUAGGUGGUGAGAUAUUACCAUUAUUAACUUCUCACUCAGAUCCGUCUGCAUAUAUCUUAACAACCUGGCGACAAAAACAGAAAGAUAUUACAAUUAAGGAUUUACAAGUAGCAUUAGAAGAAAUUGAUAGAUGGGAUAUUGUAGACGAUACAUUAGAGUUGUUUGAAAAAGAUGCAAUAAAAUAUUUAGAACAAUUAGAAAGAUCUCAAACAUCAGCUGAUAUCAUUGCAGGUGAUGAUACAAAAAUUCUUACAGUAGAUGAUAUUCAUAGGUCCAGGCAAGGAUUGGAUAAUCAAUAUUAUGAUGCUUUUUUAUUAUAUGCAGAUGAAGAUAUUAAUUUUGCUACUAAAAUGAUAGACAAAUUAGAAAGCCAAUAUAAGUUAAAGCUUUGUUUGAAAGAUAGAGAUUUAAUUGGUGGAAUUACAUUUGAACAUGAAGCUGUAAUAACAUUGAUAUCAGAACGUUGUAAUAGAUUAAUUGUAAUAGUAUCAUCUAAUUUUCUUGAAAGUCCAGCAAAUAAAUUCUUUUUAAAUUAUGCUCAGGCAUUAGGUAUUGAUAAAGGUCAACGAAAAGUAAUACCCUGUUUAUAUGGAAAAUGUCAGUUACCGCGACAAUUGAACUAUAUGUUUAUACUGGAUUAUAAUAGAGUAACUUUAUAUAAUUUCUGGGAAAAAUUGCGAGAUUCCGUACAAAUUGUAAAUGCUCCAAAAAGUAAUACAAACUGUAUAACUGUAAAUGAAGAACCUGUAUUACUUUCUAAAAAGGAGGCUACUCGUAAUACUGUAGAAAUAAAUAGCGAAUAUGAAACAGAAAAGAAUACAGUAAAAGACCAAGUAUUAAAAGGCAAUGAUAAAUCAUCAGAUGCUAAACAGGAACCAAAUAAUCCUGAAUUAAACAAAGAUAGUAAUAAGACAAUCAAUAACUUUUUACGAUGGAAUUGGAAAAAGAGAGGAAUUCGGAAAGCUGAACGUGAUAACGAAGAAUAUGUGUCAAUUACAAAAACAGUAAAUUUGCCAUCUCUUGAAAACUUAGACCCGUUAAACACAUCGACAGAUUUGACGGAAAAGAAGCAAAAACCAAAAUUUUUAAAGAAAUACGUGAAAAAGGUGCCUUUUAAACUAUAAAAAUUUGUUAUUUAUAAAAAGUAUAAUGUUAUUAAUAUUAAUUAUUUUAUCAAAGUGUAAUAUUAAAGUAGAGUUGUAUUAUAUUUUGAUAAUGAAAUGUAUAAAAACAAGUCUACUAAUAAAAUGUUAAUUACAGAAAAAGACAGAAUCUCACAAUGUGAGAUUCCCGUGUCUCAAUUAGCGCAGUCUAUGAUUCAGCGGAUGAUUAAGUCGAAAAUUCUGAAAAUUAUCAGUCAUGGUGAUUUAAUUUUGUUUUAAAGUCUACAUUGAAGGAAACUGCGUUACUCUUCAAAAUUAAGAUACAUAAAAUAAAUUCGCGCGGUUGAAGAUUCGAAAAGAAAACGGAAAUGUGGUGUUGUUAGGUGGCGCUGUUUCGUCCGUACUCUGAUUGGUCGGCGUAAUCGCGCCCAUGUCAGCUGUGCGGUAAAGUGUCGCCAGUCGUCCGUCGUAGACGCGGAUUCGUGCAAAUGGCGUCAGUGGCAGUAUGAGCGAUCGUAUGCAGUGUAAUAACGCGUACGGGCCUCGUCCGGGCGCGGCGCCGCGCGGCCCAGCCUGACGGCGAGCGUGAGUGCGACGAUAUUGGUCGAGAUCGAA